AUGUGUAGGUCUGGUGAUUAUGUUGGACUUCGAGAAUGGUUGUUUUCUUAUGCAAGCGAAAGGGUUGUAGCUCGUUUGAGAAAGGACUUAUUCAGUCACCUUCUCCAUCAGGAAAUAGCAUUUUUUGAUGUUACUCGAACAGGGGAACUCCUAAGCAGGCUGUCUGAAGACACACAGAUCAUAAAGAAUGCUGCAACUACCAAUCUUUCUUGGGCACUUGGAAGUCUAACAACUGCAUUUAUUGGCAUUGGCUUCAUGUUCUCAUCUUCACGGAAGUUAACAUUGUUAGCUUUGGCCGUAGUGCCAGUCAUUUCCAUUGCUGUUCAAAAAUCUGGGCGCUAUCUUCGUGAACUUUCACACUCAACUCAAGCUGCAGCUGCAAUGGCUGCCUCAAUUGCGGAGGAAUCUAUUGGGGCUAUUCGAACAGUCAGAUCUUUUGCUCAAGAAGCUUAUGCGAUUUCAAAGUACUCGGAAAAUGUUGAUGAGACAUUGAAGCUUGGCCUCAGAGAAGCUAGAGUAGAAGGCCUAUUUUUUGGAGGACUAAAUGCAGCAUCCACAUUAUCUGUCAUCGUAGUGGUGGUUUAUGGAGCUUAUUUGACAAUAACAGGCUCCAUGACUGCAGGCGCUCUUAUAUCCUUCGUUCUUUAUAGCCAAACAGUUGGGUCCUCAAUAUCCUCUUUAUCAGGAAUGUAUACAAUAGCAAUGAAAGCUACAGGAGCAAGCAGGAGAGUUUUUCAGCUCCUGGAUCGCGUCUCAUCCAUGCCAAGAUCGGGAGAUAAGUGCCCUAUUGGAAAUCCUGAUGGAGAUGUGGAAUUGGAUGAUGUCUGGUUUGCUUACCCUUCUCGCCCAAGUCAUACGGUACUUAAGGGAAUAACAUUAAAACUGAGGCCCGGUUCAAAAGUUGCUCUUGUCGGUCCAAGUGGUGGUGGAAAAACGACAAUAGCCCACUUAAUUGAGAGGUUCUAUGACCCUCUCAAGGGAAAGAUUUUGCUAAAUGGGGUUCCACUAGUGGAAAUAUCACAUGAUUAUCUCCAUAGAAAGAUAAGUAUAGUGAGCCAGGAGCCUGUUCUUUUCAAUUGUUCUGUGGAAGAAAACAUUGCCUAUGGGUUCAAUGGAAAAGCAAGAUCUACUGAUAUACAAACUGUAGCUAAAAUGGCUAAUGCCCAUGAAUUCAUAGAAAAGCUUCCAGAAAAGUAUCAAACUAUCGUUGGAGAACGUGGGUUGAGGCUUUCAGGAGGCCAGAAACAACGAGUAGCAAUUGCGAGAGCACUACUAUUGAACCCAAGAGUUUUAUUAUUGGAUGAAGCCACUAGUGCUCUAGAUGCCGAGAGUGAAUACCUUGUUCAGGAUGCCAUGGAUUCUCUGAUGAGGGGCAGGACUGUUCUUGUCAUAGCACACAGGCUUUCAACUGUCAAAAGUGCAGAUACUGUUGCGGUUAUAGCAGACGGUCAGGUAGCGGAAAGCGGCAGCCACGAAGAGCUACUCAGCCAGGAUGGAAUUUACACUGCAUUGGUGAAGAGACAGUUACAAGCCACAAAGACUGAACUCUAGUUUAAAAUGAUUUAUAGCCAAAUCUAUGAAUCACAAUG